ACAUAAUCGUCUUCGUCUUCAAUCUCUGUCAAGCUGUGUCAAGGAACGCAAGCCAGCAACCCGCGCCGCGUCAAUCUUGAAAGGCUUUGCCAGGCCGUGCUUCGGCGGUGUUCAAGCCAUGAAAAUCAAUCGUGCGAGGCGAUAUGCGAGACGAGCCGAGCUCGAUGUUAUUAUACUGCUACCGCCUUGACGCAGCACACCCCCAAGUACCGACAAUCUUCAUCUUUAGAGCGCGUAAUUUUCUCGAAGCGGACGAGCGGACCAGAGAACAUGCCUCUGUACUUUUACCAACUCAAGUUUGAGCUCUACCCAUCGCAGGAGCCGACGACCCUCGACAACAGCCUCUCGUCAAAAGUCCAAGCGGAAGCCAACUUGUGGCUCCCGAAACGUAACGACGAUAUAUUUGGCGACCUGCCUUCUCAUCUUCGAUCCUUCCAUUCCUUGCCGUCACGACUUCCACAGGCAAAGCCGAGCUCGAAUCACCCGGUCGAUCGCACAUUUCCCAGUGUGGGCACAACACUUGAGCAAGAGCAGGAAACUGUGAUCGACUGCGGCACUCCAAGACCUGCCGAGCUCAAGAGCAGUCGCAAUCUCGUCAGGCUUGGGCUCCGGCAGCGGACGCUGAGUUACCCUCCGCCGCCGGCAGACGCUGCGAUCAAGCCUCAGACCGCAGCAAAAGAUUGGCGCUUUGGCGCAGUAGGCAUCAUCAGCAUAGAUUCGGCAGCGGCCACUGUUGGAACAGACAUGGCGGAUGCGAUAAGCGCGGCAUCGAUGCCUGCUGCUGCCGUUGGACCCAGCACAUCCAUGGCUGGCCGGGCUACCAAGGCCAAAUUCAUCCCGUCCCCGAGCAAAACCACCAACCUGGGCUGGGGCAUCGUACACUUGUAUCGUGAGAGCCACGAGAGUGCCGAGUUGGCACAGCUGGCGUCUCGAGCUGCAGAGCCGGACUCGGGCGACCAAGACCUGGAAGGACAAGAGGACAGCUGCACCACCCUGUGCAUCCCAGCCGUGCCCAGUUAUCUCUCGCCAAGCGACUUUCUCGGGUUUGUAGGCGACAAGUGGAGGGACCAAGUCAGCCAUUACCGUAUGGUCAUGACUGGGCGAAUGAACAGAUACCUUGUUCUGCUCAAGUUCCGGGACAGCAAACGGGCCCAGCAGUUCAGGAACUAUUUUGACGGCCGAGUUUUCACAGAGAUUGAGCCGGAAACCUGCAGUGUUGCCUUUGUGCGAUCCGUCACAUUCGAGACUCCUACGGUACAAAAGGGCAGCUUUCCCGACCUGAGUCAAGAUCCUUUUACGCCUUCAGACUCGUUGAAACCAUUUCCGCCGCCCACACCGGACCUGAUAGAGCUGCCAACGUGCCCGGUCUGUCUCGAGCGAAUGGACGAUACGACGGGCCUGUUGACCAUACCUUGCCAGCAUGUCUUCCACUGCUCAUGUCUGCAGAAGUGGAAAGGAUCGGGGUGUCCCGUUUGUCGCCAUACGAAUCCUGCUGAUGCUCUCACGCAACGAGCCUCGGCUUCAGGUUCUCGUGCCAUGAGCCCUCAUCAUGAUGCCGGAGGCCCCCAUGCACAGCCCUUUGGAUCGCACAUUUCGAAUCUGUGCUCGACGUGCGACUCGCCCGAGGACCUCUGGAUAUGUCUCAUCUGUGGCAACGUGGGCUGCGGGCGAUAUAAGGGCGGGCAUGCCAAGGAACACUGGAAGGACACUGCACACACGUUUGCGCUCGAGCUGAUGACCCAGCACGUCUGGGAUUAUGCUGGCGACAUGUGGGUGCACCGUCUGAUCAGGGACAAGGGCGAUGGGAAAGUGGUUGAAUUGCCCGGCCGGCACCCACCUCCUAGCAGCGAAGCUGCCAACCAGCAAUACGGACAUGCGAGCGCGACAGAGGCUGAGGAAGUCGUGCCUCGUUCGAAGCUGGAAAACAUUGGCAUGGAAUACACCCACCUGCUCACGAGCCAGCUUGAGAGCCAGCGCGUAUACUUUGAGGAGAUGCUCAACAAGGCGGCAGACAAAGCCGCAAAGGCAGCCGCGGCAGCCGAAGCAGCAGCGGCGCAAGCCUCCGAGGCAACCAAGGAGCUCCGCCUCCUCCGGACUCGGCACGACUCGCUGCUUGGCGAGACACUACCCCAGCUCGAGAAGGACCUCGAGCGGGAGCGGGCCCGCGCAACAAAGUCGACAGACCUUGCGCGCGCACUGGGGAAGACGCUGCAAGAGGAGAAGAAAGUCUCUGAGGGCCUGAUGGGGCGGAUCGAACACAUCAACAAGGAAGUCGAGGCGCUCGGCAAGAAAGUCGCCGACCUCGCGGCGGAGAAUACCGAUCUCAAGGACCAGAACCACGACUUGACCAUGUUCAUCUCGGGCCAGGAGAAGCUGCGGCAGCUCGAGGCCGAGGGCGGGCUCGAGGAGGGCGAGAUCCAGGAAGGGAGUGCCAGUGUGCCGGAGGAUGUGAAGAGGCAGCGCCGGAAAGGCAAGGGGAAGGGCAAGUGAUGGAGAGGUCCAUAGGCCAUAGGCCACAGGCCGCAGGCUCACCAAAGCAAUUCUUGGAUAGUAGUGCUCGAGAUUAGCAAAUACAAAGUAUUCAGACAUGUUUCAA